AAAAUAUAUAAGAUUCUCACUGAAAUAAAUGCAGAUAUAAGUCCUCCAUAUAUAGAAAAAAUGGGAAAGAGAAAUAGGAGUAACAAUAGAUGUGGAAAAUCAGAGGAAAAUGUAUAGAAUAAUCCAUGGAAAUAUAAAUAUGCAGGAGGUAGAAAUUAAUUAUAAGUGUUUGCAAGAUGAUUGAGUGGAGAUAAUUCAUCUUUAUGUUGGCAUGGAUGUGGAGGUAGAGUAUUGGGGGGAAAUAGUAAGCUUGAUUCCGAAAAUUACAGAGGUUGAUAUUCUAGUAGACCCAGAGAUUUGCCUUUUUCAUAGUACUAAGCUUUCAGUUAAAAAAUACAAAGAAUCUGGUUUA